GUCAUUUCUUUGCCCUUGGUUGGAGAUGUUUCGUGGGAGUGAAAUAAAAACAAGAAAAUAAUCAAUUCUUUAUUUAUAAACAUAUUAAUUAAAAUAAUAGUGUAUUUAUAUGCCUAAAAUCAAGGAGAAAUUUUAAGUGUAUCAAUAUGGUGUAAUAUUUAAUUACUCUGAAUUAUACCUAAUUAAUUUAUUCGAAUCCUAUCUUAUCUAUCUAUACCUGAAGUGCGUUUUUAUCUUUUGGUGUUAGUUUAUAGAUACCAGGUAUCCUAAGGAUAGUGACAACGUAGUUGGGAAAAAAAGAAAAUGGAUACCUUAAAAUUUUAUUUUGUCACCUGGAAUGUGGCUACCAAGAAUCCAGGGCAGGAUUUAAAUGCCCUAUUGGAUUUCCCAUCACAGUUUAAUAAAAACAAACCAUUACCAGACUUUUUUGUGAUUGGACUGCAAGAAGUAAAAUCUCAGCCACAAAAUUUGGUUAUGGACUCCUUGUUUACGGAUGCAUGGACAUCCUCUUUUAACAAAAUACUUUGUCGGCAAGGGUUUAUUAUUGCCAAGAGUACCAGGCUACAAGGAAUACUCCUGUUAGUGUACUCUCAGAUGAAGCAUGUCACACAUUUGAGAGACAUUGAGGCCCAGUAUACAAAGACUGGACUGGGAGGAAUGUGGGGCAACAAAGGCGCCGUUAGUAUAAGGUUCAACAUAUACGGGGUAUCUGUGUGCCUUGUGAAUUCCCACCUGACUGCUCACGAGCAUUUGUUGGCCGAUCGCAUCAAUGAUUACAACACUAUCAUAAAACAGCACAUGUACCAUGUCACCGAGACCACCAACAUAUUAUACCAUGACUACGUCAUCUGGUUGGGCGACCUGAACUUCCGUACGGACCAUCCAGCGGGCAGUAGUCCGACAUCAGAAGAGAUUCUUGCUCAAUUACAGAAGAUAGAAAAGGAUAAAUACGCCUCCCUUCUCGCUCAUGACCAACUCAUCGCAGUAAUGGACUCCGGGGAAGCGUUUUCAGAGUUCACGGAGCAUGAUAUACGAUUCCCACCGACGUAUAAGUUUAUUAUUGGAGGAGAUGAAUAUGAUAUCAAGAGGAAGCCAUCGUGGACAGAUAGAAUUCUAUACAAAGUGAACGCGAAUAAUUAUGAGAAUGUGACUCUGAAGGCUGAGGUGGUGUCAUAUAACCAUAUGGCUCACUACACAGUCAGCGACCACAAGCCAGUGGUUGCAUUCCUGAAUAUAAAGGUUCGGAAAUCGUUCGUUCGCGAGAUUGCAGCGGAAAGGCCUCAGAGACCUGCUGGUAUACGAAUGCGGUCCAUGAUCAUCGCGCCUUCUGAGGUGACUGAAGGAGAACCAGUGGCCAUGUUUAGUGCACCUUUGGCACCCAUAAACAUUGACUCAGCUGAUAGUAAUAUGCAUGCAAUGCACUCGGCCAAAAUUGACACUAUCGAUGAGUUUGCAAGUUCAGAGACGUUUUCAAACUACACGGAGAAGACUGUAGAAUUUGCGCCAAUAACGCGGAUCUGGUAUAUCGGGGAUGCUGACUUCAGAACCCAGUGCACGCUCACACCUGACAUAGAAGUUAAUCCUAACGAUUGGAUUGGUAUAUACGAUGCCAACUUCCACAGUUUGGAUGACUAUAUAGCGUACGAGUACCUUGCUAAAGUCAGCCUCCCUGAGACACCGACUGCUAGCGGCCAACCUCGCACUAUUACACUAAGCUUCCCGGUCGGCAGUGGAGUCAGAACACCGGGCUUCUACAGGCUCAUAUACUUUAGCCAACCUAACAAUGAUGUUAGGAGUGUCUUGGGUAUAUCAGAGCCGUUCGAAGUAAGUAGCAAAGAGGACAGUUUAGUAGUAAUAGAUCCCUGCGAGCAGGCCUCCAGCAGUUCAUCCCCUGGAAGGCCCAAACCUUCAACAGCUACCUCAGACAUUUUCACAGAUUUCACCGGCCUUGACGUCGCGAAACUGUCGCGUCAUUUCUCAAACGAUCUCAGCAUUGACUGACUAAAAACCUACUUGCCUGGCUCGCCGGCUAACCUAAGAAAGAACAAUAACGGUGUUUGAUUCUUGUCGGUGUACCCUUAGCUUUAAGAAUACUGCAGUGAAAUAUAAGUAUAUAAAUUUGGAACGACACAAAAUAUUCUUUGUAUGAAAUUAUUAUUAUUAUUAUUGAAGGCC